AUGGAGAAGUUGGCAGACAAUUGCAUAUCUGACAUUAUUUCCUUCACUUCCCCAGUCGACGCUUCUGUAUUUUCUGUCAUCUCCAAACGCUUCAAGACCACGUCUGAAUCGGAUACUGUUUGGAACAAGUUGUUGCCCUCUGAUAUUCAACAGAUCCUCUCAAGAUCAUCAUCUUCUAUCCCAGUUUUUCCCACAAAGAAGGACCUUUAUCUUAGUCUCUCUGAUUCUCCUAUCCUCCUCGAUGGAGGAAAACUGAGCUUUUGGCUUGAGAAGAAAACUGGGAAGAAAUGUUUUAUGGUUUCUGCUCAGGAACUAACGUUCACCGGGCUGCACCACACAAGUGGCUUUAUGAGAGUUCCUGAGGGAGUAGUGUCCAGGUUUACUGAGAUGGCUAGUCUACACUUUAAUGGCGGCGAGUUGGAAUUGUAUGGCAUUUCCGGAAAAGUGUGUCGUCAAAUGUUGUCGGAAGAAACACUUUACUCCUGCCAUUUGGUAAUGUCUCCGCUAUCUGAGGAUGAUGUCCUUCCAGCAGUAGUGGUUUCUAGAUUAUUCAUUGAUGAUGAAAGCAGAGAAGUUGUCCGGGAAAGAGUUUUCCCUGUUGUUGGUUUUGGCAAUGAUCGGGGGCGUAGAUCUGACGGGUGGUCGGAAGUUGAACUUGGGACGUUUUUCAAUGUUGGAAGGAAUAUUCUCCCAAGUGUCCCCGCAGAAUUGCAAAUGUCGUUUUCAAUUGCCCAGUUUCCACCUCACUUCGGGUUGGGAACGAUUAUUGUUCAGGGCAUUGAAUUUCGUACUUAUGAUUGUCGGGCGCCGAUGAAUAUUGUGAAUUUCAAGCGCACUUGA